ACUGGAGGAAUAUCCGUCGGAGGACGUGUACGACUAUGCGUUUAAAAUCGGCGAUCCACGCGUGUUUGAGGAUGAGCUUCUGGAGACCCAUGAGGCUCAGGAGCUAGAGUACAGCGUCUACCUGUCCAACCUGGAGACAAGCAACGGCACCUACUAUGUGGGAGCGAGAACAACCGUGUGGAAGACCGAGUGUCUGUGCAACCAUCUGACGUCGUUCGGCGCCGACUUCUACGUUCCUGUCAACACGAUCGACUUCUCGACGGUCUUCUCCAAGUUCAAGGACCUGAGUAGCAACGCGGCUGUGUUCUCCUUCAUCAUCACCUGGAUCGGCGUCUGGUUGAUCAGCUUAAUCUGGGCUCGCGUCCAAGACAAGAAGGACCUGGUCAAGUGGGGAGCCUCACCUCUUGCGGACAACCUUCCCACGGACAGACACAACUUCCUCUUCAGCGUGCAGACGGGCGCCAAGAAGACAAACGCCACCGAAUCGAAGGUCUUCUUCGUGUUGUCGGGGCAGAACGGAGACACCGGUGUCCGGGUGAUGGACGAUGGCAAGAGGAAGGGCUUCCCCGCUGGCUCCGUCAUGAACUUCAUUGUGAGCAUGCAGUCAGAGCUUGGUCCACUCACCUACCUGCGCAUGUGGCACGACAACACCGGCAGGGGGCGCCUCGCGUCCUGGUUCCUCCGCGACGUGCAGUGCACCGAUAUGCAGACAGGCGAACG